CCCUUUCUCUCUGUGUCGCGGCGCUGGGUUGGAGCCGCUGUCCCUGGUCUGGCACGUUCCCUUACAUUUUUGUGUUAAAUUUGAUGCCCCCCCCUUUUUUUGAUUCGACAAUUUGCGACGGCAUUUAAAAUACCUACACGGGCAUCUCCAAACCGGUGUUUUUUUAAUAAGCAUUUGUCAAAUAUACCCUUUAUCCUGUAAAAUGGCGGUGUUAAGCGGGUCGUCUGGGCCGGUUGCCCGGCUUGAGGGCCGUGAAUUCGAAUACUUGAUGAAAAAGCGCUCGGCGACUAUCGGUAGGAACUCGUCUCAGGGCUCGGUGGAUGUGAGCAUGGGUCAUUCCAGUUUUAUUUCUCGAAGACAUCUCGAAAUAUUCACUGUUAGUGACGAUAGCACUGGUGGUGGAGACUUCUACUUGCGAUGCCUCGGCAAAAAUGGGGUGUUCGUGGAUGGAGUGUUCCUCAGACGGGGUGCCCCUCCUCUACAACUACCACGAAUGUGCAUUUUCAGGUUUCCCAGCACAAACAUCAAGAUCACAUUCACAGCCCUGUCCAGUGGAAAGAGGGAGAAGCGUGAGGCGCCUGAGUCUCCAGUAAAACCAGUCCACAUCUCUCCACUCACCAUAAACAUUCCAGACAACAUCGCCCACCUCAUGAGCCCCCUGCCCUCACCCACCGGCACCAUCAGUGCUGCCAACUCGUGCCCCUCCAGUCCCAGGGGAGCGGGCUUGUCCGGCUACAGGAUGGGUCGCAUCGUCAGCUCUGCAGAGCUACAGCUCAUAAACGACAACUCCCAGUCAGAGAACGACAAGGAGGCCUCCGGAGGGGACAGCCCCAAGGAUGAUUCCAAACCGCCAUACUCCUAUGCACAACUGAUAGUCCAAGCCAUUACAAUGGCACAGGACAAGCAGCUCACGCUAAACGGAAUAUACACUCACAUCACCAAAAACUACCCCUACUACAGGACUGCAGACAAAGGCUGGCAGAACUCGAUCCGUCACAAUCUGUCACUGAACCGCUACUUUAUUAAAGUAGCCAGAUCGCAGGAGGAACCGGGCAAGGGCUCGUUCUGGAGGAUAGACCCGUCCUCAGAGGGCAAGCUCAUGGAGCAAGCCUUCAGGAAACGAAGGCCGCGGGGUGUGCCCUGCUUCAGGACCCCCCUCGGACCCCUCUCCUCCAGGAGUGCCCCAGUCUCCCCUAAUCACUCUGGGGUGCUCUCGGCCCACUCGAGUGGGGUGCAGACCCCUGACAGCCUAUCCCGAGAGGGUUCCCCUGUCCCCAUGGAACCAGAGCCCGCUCCUCCGGCCCCGCCCCCUGCCACAGCAGUCCAGCCCAAACUAGCUGUCAUCCAGGAGGCCCGCUUUGCACAGAGUACACCAGGCUCCCCUCUCAACAGCCAGCCGGUGCUCAUCACGGUUCAGCGUCAGUUACCUCAGACCCUAAAGCCGGUGACCUAUGCCAUGGCCACGCCUGUGACUACCAGCACCAACCAGAACCAGCAGCCCGUCAUGCAGACGGUGCACGUCGUCCACCAGAUCCCUGCCAUGUCUGUCACCAGCGUGUCCGGGCUCAGCACCGCCAACACCUACACAGUGGCCACCCCCACCAUGGUCACCCUCCAGGCUGAGCCCCAGGAGAACGGAGACUACUCAGAGGCCAAAGUAAAAGUAGAAUCUGUUCCAACCAUCUCCCACGCCUCUAUAGGCGGUGGCAGUCGCAUCAUCCAGACGACCCAGUCGGCCACGCCCUUACAGACGCUAACCUUUGUGCAGCAGUCCCUGGGCCAGCACCAGCUCCCAAAAAAGACCAUCACACAGAACGGCACCCACCUGAUGCCAAUGCAGGCUGCUGCAGCCACAGCUGUUGCGAGUCCUCUCCACUUGCUGGCCACUCACGCCUCCGCUUCAGCCUCCCUCCCGACCAAACGACAGAACGGAGCCCAGGUGGCCAGCGAUCAGCCCAACGUUAAGCGCAUCAAAACAGAGGAAGGGGACAGCGCCACCCGCGCAGCAGAUACAGACUCGUCGGCAGCCAAUGACCAAGCCAGCCACCACAACUAGUCUUCUGCAUCAUCACCACAGUCGUUUUUUUUUUCUCCUUUCCUACCAUUUAUUUCUCCCUUCCAUUGACUCCCAAGGUGCCAAAAGGAGAAGAUUUUCAGUUGGUUUAAUCAUCGUAGAGGAUUGGAAAAUAUGACCACCCGUUUAAAAGACUGAAGAGAACAUUUAGUUGAGAUUUGAAAAAAGGACAACUAGGACAAAGAAGAACUCUAAUUUGAAGGUCCCCCUGUGAGACAUCGCCACGGAGGAGGAGGAGGAUGACGACUACUCCAAGACCACAGGAAGCCUUAACAACAAUUAACCUUUAACAUGAUGAGCUGAACUUUGACCACCUGCAGCGAGCAGUUUGACUGAGGCCCAUGUUAGCCCGGCGGUCGCACGGCACCUCUGUCUCAUCUACCUCGGUGCAGAUUGGGGGCCACGGUCAAGGGCACCACUCAACGGACCCAUGGGAUGACCAACUAGCAGCAUGACAAGCAUUUGACGCAGACAUGAAAUAUCAAUGAGUGCAUUCAGAAAAAGGGAUCAAAACAGUCGGUGCCAAUUCCUGGACCUUUGGCAGCUAGCCUUUCAUAUACUGACCUAGCCUUAUUGCUGCUGUAAGUAGUAAUGCAGUAUUUUGUUGUUCAUAUGUGGACCAUAGGAUCUGUUUUGGGUGUAUUUUCAUUUAUAUAGGUAAAAUAAAGUGGUAAUAAUUGAAAUAAAGAAAGCAUUACAGCAGUGGGGUCUGACAUUACAGCAGUGGGGUCUGACAUUACAGCAGUGGGGUCUGACAUUACAGCAGUGGGGUCUGACAUUACAGCAGUGGGGUCUGACAUUACAGCAGUGGGGUCUGACAUUACAGCAGUGGGGUCUGACAUUACAGCAGUGGGGUCUGACAUUACAGCAGUGGGGUCUGACAUUACAGCAGUGGGGUCUGACAUUACAGCAGUGGGGUCUGACAUUACAGCAGUGGGGUCUGACAUUACAGCAGUGGGGUCUGACAUUACAGCAGUGGGGUCUGACAUUACAGCAGUGGGGCCUGACAUUACAGCAGUGGGGUCUGACAUUACAGCAGUGGGGUCUGACAUUACAGCAGUGGGGUCUGACAUUACAGCAGUGGGGUCUGACAUUUCAAUCACUCCACCUGAACUUCAACAUCCUCGCUGUUACUUUGUAUGUGGACUUUUUUUCUGUUCAGUGUCGUUUCUUUUUUACAAUUCUAUCAAUGGAGUGUGUCUCCCCCCCCCCCCCCCCCCCUGUCAAAUCCACGUUCUGUCAUAUCCAAAUCAAUUUGCUUUGUUACAUAUUUUCAUACUUGCACAGAUAACCAGUAAGAUAUAAACUAAUUCCAUGUGUAGUUGAUCAGAUGCCUCAUCGAGCUUUCAUGUAACAGACUACAGAAAAGUACCCGAGCCGUUAACGCAUGAAUCCUUAGUUGAAACUAUACCAAAGGGGUCACUCCACCUCUGUUUUUGGUCAAAAGCUGAGUGAUGGGCCUGGAGAAAUGUAACCACUCUGAUUGACAGGUGGAUCUAUGGAUGCCAGGACUGACUAUCCAUGAUAUCACAAGUUAUUAUUCAAGAUUAGAUGGGUAUAUCAUUCAUUUAAGUCAGAAAAUGGAUGUAGCAACUAAGGAUUCUAGCUUUAACUGUACAUUUAACAGAAGAAAAGUGCUGUUUAAAACCAGACCAGAUCUGCACUUGGUAAAAUGUUAAUUUUUUUCUCGUUAUCCUUGGCUGUGGUGACUUUGGUGUGGAAAGACCCUUUGCUUGAUUAUUUUAUUCUGUUCCGACAACCUGACGAGUCUGUCUUCAGAUUGUAUAUGUUUCAAACUAAAGAAGAUACAAGUGAUGGAUAUUUGUUCCACUUCAGUGGAUAAAUGAGUUUUUUUAUUUUAUAUAAAUUAAUUUAAAACCUUU